AUGGUAGAAUAUUUUGAUGAGAGGAGGAGAAAGAAAUCUCUUGUUGGUUCACUCCUUAACACUGGAUUUAGUGCUCAAGGAGAAGCUGAAGACAGGUCAAGAGAACCUCAGGAUGCUAAUAGUUUAGAGUUAAAAGACACCCCAGCAGCAUAUGGCCUUAAUAGUAAUAGUGAAAAACUAAAGGCACUAAUUCCAGUGCCAAUGAGAGUGAUGAAUUCUGUUUUAAGAGAAUUUUGCAGACAGCUGAACAUAGGCACCAACAUAGGCAGAGGGGCUGGAUUUAGUAGCAGUGCCUCUGGAAAUUUAGCAUUUGGUUUGGGGACAUCUGGUCAAAAGGGAUUGGAAGUCAGUAGAGCUGAUUGGAGUGAAAUUAGCAGUAGAGGAUCUGCUGGGGGUGAAUCCAUAGUUUUUUCAUCAGUUGGAACAGGGUGUUUUGGCUGGGAACUUGGAGCUAGAAAGGGCGAUGCUGCAUUUGGUUUUAGAGCUUCUGGUUUGAAUUCAUAUGGUGACAGAGGCUUUAGUAGCAGAACACUUGAAGGAAGUGACACCAGUCUGAGCAUUGGGAAUACCUUUGUUGGUGAUAGCUCUGGAAAUUUGGAAUCCAAUUUAGGGGCUUUUGGUCAACAGGGAUUUGGAAUCAAUGAACUUGGAGGGGAUAGAAUGAGUGGCAGUGCAUCUGUUGGGGCUGGAUUUAAAGGCCUUGGAUCUGAUGUCAGUAGCUCAGGUGUCACAAGCUCAUCUGACUACAGUACUUCUGGACCACUCAGCACUCCAGGAAAAGGAACCCAUAUUCCAGAAGCAACCCCCAAAUACUCAGAAACAAACACAACUAUUGGUGAAGUUUCUACUUGGGGCAAAGGAGCAUAUAAAGCUUUCAAUGGCCGUGUCUUUUCCUUUGAGUCUUCAUGCACGUAUAGUUUCUGCCGUCACUGUGUUGAAUCUGGAGGAGAUUUCAAUAUUGAGAUCAAACGAAACAAUAAUAGUGAGAUUGAAAAAAUAACAGUUAUAGUAGACAGUAAUGUCAUCUCUAUUGUUGGCCAUAUCAUUUUAGUUAAUGGAGAAAGUGUACAGGUACCAUAUGACAAUAAGAUGAUUCACAUUAAAAAAUAUGGAGAACAUAAUGUUCUGAAUAGCCGUAGAGGAAUCCUCUUAAUGUGGGAUGAAAAUAAUAAACUCUCACUCACUCUUCACAAGCAGUAUCCAACUUGUGGUCUUUGUGGUAACUUCAACAGCAUUCCAGGAGACGAUAUUAAUGAGCACAUUGACAAUAGUAAAAUUCCUGGUAAUUGUCCCAAAGCUGUUACCAAAAGCUAUCAAGUUUGUGAAGAUGGAGUGCAUCACUGUAACAAAAUUAUUGGAACCUACUUUGAGAAAUGUGGAAAGGUUGGCACUUUAUCCAAUGACUACAAAAUGAUCUGCAUUGAUGAGUACUGCCAAAGUAGAGACAAAAAAUCCACCUGUGACACUUAUGCAGAAUUGUCCCGCCUCUGUUCAUCAGAUGGUCCCGGCACCUAUGUAUCCUGGAGAGACGAUCCCGAUGUGGUUUGUGAAAAACCUAGAUGCCCAGAAAAACAUAUCUACAAAGAAUGUGGUCCCUCAAAUCCUGCAACUUGUUCUAAUGUGGCUCCUUUUCAAGGCAUCAAAUGUGUGAGUGGCUGCACCUGCCCAGAAGGUUAUCUAUUGGAUGAUAUUGGAGAGAAAGGGAGAUGCAUGUUGAAGGCUGACUGUCCCUGUGAAUCUAAUGGAAAGGUGUAUCAGUCAGGAGAAAUCCGUGAAGGUUCUUGUGGUUCUCAGUGCACAUGCCAAGAAGCAAAGUGGUCUUGCACUAAAAUGUUAUGUCCUGGAAGAUGUAAGGUGGAAGGAAGUUUGAUUACCACCUUUGAUGGUGUUAAAUACAAUCAUCCUGGAAACUGUCACUUUUUGGCUAUCCAUGAUAAAGAUUGGUCUAUUAGUGUUGAGCUUCGUCCAUGUCCAAGUGGUCAGUCAGGAACGUGCUUAAAUAGUGUUACACUCCUCUUGAAUUCGUCUGUUCCAGUUGACAAAUACAUAUUCAAUAGAGAUGGAACAGUCACAAAUGACAAGAUUAGAAAUCAAGGUUAUUAUUAUUCAGAAAAAAUACAGAUCUCCAAUGCAUCUUCCUCAUACCUUCAAGCAGAAACAUACUUUCAUGGAAAACUGCAAAUACAAAUUGUUCCUGUGAUGCAAUUAUAUGUUUCCAUGCCACCCAACCAAUUCACAGACACUGUAGGACUCUGUGGUUCCUACAACAACAGAGCAGAGGAUGAUUUCAUGUCAAGUCAGAAUAUAUUAGAGAAGACAUCUCAGGCAUUUGCUGAUUCUUGGGAAAUGAUGCCUUGUCCUAAAGGAAACAUUGCUUCAUGCGUCAGUAUAGAAAAAGAAAGGUUUGCUGAAAGGCACUGUGGAAUUCUUCUUGAUUUGAGUGGGCCUUUUGCUUCCUGCCAUUCAGUUGUGGACCCUAAACCAUAUCAAGAGGAAUGCAAAAAAUACACUUGUACUUGUGAAAAUAGUCAAGACUGCCUGUGUACGAUUUUAGGCAACUAUGUGAAAGCAUGUGCUGAGAAGGAAACUUACAUGAUAGGAUGGAGAGCUGGGCUUUGUGAUCAAUCUUGUCCAAGUGGCCUAGUUUUCAGGUACAAUGUAAAAACCUGCAAUAGUUCCUGCCGAUCAUUGUCAGAGAGAGAUAGGAGCUGCGAUAUGGAAGAUGUUCUAGUUGAUGGAUGCACUUGCCCUGAUGGAAUGUACCAGACUAAUGAAGGAAAUUGUGUUCCAAAAUCUCAGUGUGACUGCUACAUAAAUGACGAGGUCCUGCAACCAGGCAAACUCAUCCAUAUUGAUGACAAUAAAUGCGUAUGUCGAGAUGGAAUUCUUCUUUGCCAGACUCCCAUUGAUUUAACGCUACAGAAUUGUUCUAAAGGGGCUGAAUAUGUUGACUGUAGGAAUCCUAAGGCACAGAGAAGAGUUGACAGUACCUGUAGCACUCGGAACAUACCUAGUUUUGAAGAGAACUUGCCUUGCAAGCGUGGAUGCUACUGUCCUGUAGGAAUGGUUCGAAAUUCUAAAGGGAACUGUGUCUUCCCUGACGACUGCCCAUGUUCUUUUGGUGGACGAGAGUAUGACCAAGGAAGUGUCACCUCGGUUGGCUGCAACAAAUGUACUUGCAUAAAAGGAUCUUGGAACUGUACACAAAAUGAGUGUCAAACCACCUGCCAUAUCUAUGGGGAAGGUCAUGUUAGAUCUUUUGAUGGAAAAAGUUACAGCUUUGAUGGUCUCUGCCAGUAUUCAUUUAUCGAGGAUUAUUGUGGUCAUGAAAAUGGCACAUUCCGUAUUUUAACUGAAAGCAUCCUGUGUUGCGAAGAUGGGCUUACAUGCUCAAGAAAAAUUAUAGUUGCUUUUCAGGAUCAGAAUAUUGUCUUGCAAGAUGGUAAAGUCACAGCAGUCAAAACUACAGAAAGUAAGGAAUGUGAACUCAGUGGAAAUUCAUACUCUGUUCAUACCGUUGGCCUGUACUUGAUUUUGAAAAUUUUAAGUGGAAUAACCAUAAUUUGGGACAAAAAUACAAGAAUUUCUGUGUUAUUGGAUCCACGCUGGAAUGGCAAAGUGUGUGGUCUUUGUGGAAAUAACAAUGGCGAUCUUAAGGAUGAUUUCACAAUGAGAUACUCAUCAGUAGCUGCUGGAGCACUGGAAUUUGGAAAUAGCUGGAAAACAAGUCAAGAAUGUUCAGACACAGUAGCUCAAACCUUCCCAUGUGACUCAAACCCAUACUGUAAAGCUUGGGCUGCGCGGAAAUGUGAGAUCAUCCGGGACAGCACCUUCAGAGACUGCCACAAUAAGGUGGACCCCAGUACGUACUAUGAUGCAUGUGUUGAAGAAGCUUGUGCGUGUGACAUGGAGGGGAAGUACCUGGGAUUCUGCACAGCUGUGGCGAUGUACGCAGAAGCAUGCAGUGCGGUUGGAGUCUGUGUUACAUGGAGAAAACCAGAUCUCUGUCCUAUCUACUGUGAUUAUUAUAAUGCACCUGGGGAAUGCAGCUGGCAUUAUGAACCUUGUGGUACAGUGACUGCAAAAACAUGCAAAGAUAGAGUAAUUGGCCAGAAGUUUUCUGUACUUUUAGAAGGCUGUUAUGCUAAGUGCCCAGACAGUGCUCCCUUCCUGGAUGAGAACACCAUGAAAUGCGUCAGUUUGUCUGAGUGCAGCUGCUUCUAUAAUGACAUCAUACCUGCUGGUGGAGUGAUCCAAGAUAACUGUGGAAGAACAUGCUAUUGCAUCGCAGGAGAGUUGGAGUGCAGUGAAACUGCUCCUACAAAUUCAACAUUUACAGUUUGUACUACAACAGCUACCUCCAUACUAAGUGCUGAAGCAGCAAUUACACUGGUGACCAGUAGCUCAGGCACAGCAGCUUCCAUUCCAGGGAUUACUACAUCAAGCAGUGAAAUAAUAGGUAUUACUAGAACUCCAGUGCCUAUCACCUCCACAGCUGGAAGUGUGGGCACCACAGGAGCAGUGGGCCCCACCUUCACCAGUCCUGGGCUCAUAUCAGGGUCAACUGGAGGAUCAGUAAGUGCAACCACAGGCGCUGAAGUUGGAAGCACAAGUGACGUAGGCUUCAGAGCAGGGACCCCAGGAGUAUCAGAGGGUUUCACAACCACGCAUGGAAGCAAGAGCACAAGUGGACACUCACCUACCCCAGGCACAUCCCUGGGAGGCCAAGCAGAGACUACCAGAUCAUCAGCUGGUGAAACAACUAGAGCACGAAGCAGUGAAGUGACACAAUCUGAAGGUGUAACAGGAGAAUUUGUUGGAACUACCACUAGAACUGGCAGUGGCAUCACAGCUAGACCACCUUUCCCUGGUUCCAGACCAACUGGAACAACUGGAAGGGAAAAUGCUGCCACCACUGGAGCUGCUGGUGAAAACGCUUCUGGAGCAGCAGCCAUGCCUAGGGUAUUGCCUGGAGCAAUCCCUGGAGCUGGAGGUGGCAACACCCCUGGGGAACCAGGCACUGGAGCCACAAGUCCUGGGAAGUCAGCUCUUUUAACAUCAGCUGGAGGAUCAAGGACAAUUGGACAAUCAACUGAAGGAUCAGGGACAAUUGAACCAUCAUCUGGAGGAUCAAGGACAACUGGACCAUCUGUUGUAGGAUCAGGGACAACUGGAUCAUUAUCUGGAGUGACAGAGACAACUGGACCAUCAACAGAAGAAUCAGGAACCACUAAACGAUCAAAUGAAGUCUCAGGAAAAACUGUACCAUUAACUGAAGGAUCAAGGACAACUGUGCAAUCAAUUGGAGUUACAGGGACUACUGGAUCAUCAACUGAAGAAUCAGGGACAACAGUACCAUCAACUGGAGUGGCAGGGACUACUGAAACAUCAACUGGAGGAUCAGGAACAACUGGAUCAUCAAUUGGAGUAUCAGGGGCUACUGGACCAUCAACUGGUGAUUCUGGGGCAACUGCAUCAUCAGCUUUAGGUUCAAAGACAAGUGAACGAUCAGUUAGAGGAUCAAGAACCACUGAGACAUCAGAUGCAGUGACAGGAACAUAUGAACCAUCAAUGAGAACAUCAGGGACAACUGGAAAAUCUAGGUCAACUGGACCAUCUGUUGUAGGGUCAGAGACAACUGCUCCAUUAUUUGGAGCAAUAGGGACUACUAUUAUUGGAAAAGGAACCAGUUUAUGGUCAUCUGGAGGAUCAGGGAUCCCUGGAUCAACACCUGGAAAUUCAAUAGCAACUGGACCAAAUAUUGUAGGUUCAGAGACAAGUGCACCAUUAUCUGGGGCAACAGGGACCACUGUUAUAAGAUCAGGAACCAGAUUACCCUCAUCUGGAGCAUCUUGGACACCAGAACCAUCAACUGGAGGAUCAGCAACAACAGGACAAUCUGGUGUAGGUUCAGAGACAAAUGUACCAUUAUCUAGAGCAACAGGAACCACUGUUAUAGGAUCACGAACAAGUUUACCCUCUUUUGGAGCAUCAGGGACCCCUGGAUCAUCACCUGGAGGAUCAGCAGCAACUGGACCAAAGGUUGUAGGUUCAUGGACAACUACACCAUUACCUGGAGCAAGAGGGACAACUGUUAUAGGAUCAGGGACAAAUGGAUCAUCCCUUGAAGGAUCAAUGACAAGUGGAUCAACAGCUGGACUGACAGGAACAACUAAAAUCUCUGUUGUAGGGUUGGGGACAACUGGACCAUCAUCUGGAACAUCAGGAGCAACUGGAACAGCAAGUGACAGUUCAGGAGCAACUCGAUCAUUAGCUGAGGUGACAGGAACAACUGGAAUCUCUGUUGUAGGUUCAGGGACAACUGGAUCAUCACCUGGAGGAUCAGGAGCAAGUGGACCACCUGUUGUAGUUUCAGAGACAACUGCACCAUUAUCUGGAGCAACACGGACCACUGUUACAGGGACAGGAGUCAGUUUACCAUCAGUUGAAAGAACAGCCAUGACUAGUUCAAUACCUCGAGGAUCAGGGACAACUGGACAAUCUGUUGUAGGUUCAGAGACAACUGCAUCUUUAUCUGGAACAACAGAGACCACUGUUAUAGGAACAGGAAGUAGUUUACCCUCAUCUGGAGCAUCAGGGACCCCUGGACCGUCACCUAGCAAAUCAGCAGCAACUGGAUCACCUGGUAUAGGUUCAGAGACAAAUACACCAUUAUCUGGAGCAACAGGAAACAUAGUUACAGAAUCAGGAACGGGUUUACCCUUAUCUGGAGCAUCAGGGAAAUCUGGAUCAUCACCUGGAGGAUCAGCAGUAAGUGGACCACCUGGUAUUGGUUCAGAGACAACUGCAGCAUUAUCUGGAACAACAGGAACUGCAGCUAUAGCAUCAGGAACAAGCUUAUCAUCAGUUGAGGGAUCAGGGACCACUAGAUCACUAUCUGGAAGAUCAGGGACAAGUGGACCAACUGGUCUAAGUUCAGAGAUAUCUGUGCCAUUAUCUGCAACAACAGGGACUAAUGUUAUAGGAUCAGGAACAGGUUUAGCCUCAUCUGGAGCAUCAGGGACCCCAGGAUCAUCACCUGCAGGAUCGGCAGCAACUGGACCACAUGGUGUUGGUUCAGAGACAAUGGCACCAUUAUCUGGAGCAAGAGGGACUGCUGCUAUAAGAUCAGGAACCGGUUUAACAUCGGUUUUAAAAUCAGGGACCACUAGAUCAAUACCAGGAAGAUCAGGGACAACUGGACCACCUGCUGUAAGUUCAGAGACAACUGCACCAAUAUUUGGAACAAGAGGAACUGCAACUAUAGGAUCAGGUACAAGUUUACCAUCAGUUGAGGGAUCAGGGAGCACUAGAUCACUACCUGGAGAAUCAGGGACAAGUGGACCACCUAGUGUAAGUUCAGAUAUAACUGCCCCAUUAUCUGGAACAACAGGGUCUAAUGUUAUAGGAUCAGGAAGCAAUUUACCAUCAUCUGGAUCAUCAGGGAACCCUAGAUCAUCACCUGGAGGAUCAGCAGGAACUGGAACACCUGGUGUUGGUUCAGAGACAACAGCACCAUUUUCCGGAGCAACAGAGACCACUGCUAUAGGAUCAGGAACAAGUUUACCCUCAUCUGGAGCAUCAGGGAACCCUGGAUCAUCACUUGGAGGAUCAGCAGCAACUGGACCACCUGGUAUUGUUUCAGAUACAACUGCCCUAUUAUCUGGUGCAACAGGGACUGCUGCUUUAGGAUCAGGAACCAGUUCACCAUUGGUUGAAGGAUCAGGGACCACUAGAUUAAUACCUGGAGGAAUAGGGACAACUGGACCACGUGCUGUAGGUUCCGAGACAACUGCAUCAUUAUCUGGAGCAAGAGGAACUGCAGGUACAGGAUCAGGAACAAGUUUACCAUCACUUGAGGGGUCAGGGACAAUUAGAUCACUACCUGGAGGAUCAGGAGCAAGUGGAACACCUGGUGUAAAUUCAGAGAUUACUGUGCCAUUAUCUGGAGCAACAGGGACAAAUGUUAUAGGAGCAGGAAGCAGUUCACCCUCAUCUGGAGCAUCAGGGAUACCUGGCUCAUCACCUGGAGUAUCAGUGACAAGUGGACCACCCGGUAUAGGUUCAAAGACAAAUGCACCAUUUUCUAGAGCAACAGGGACUACCGUUAGAGGAUCGGAAAUCAGUUCACCCUCAUCUGGAAUAUCAGGGACACCCAGAACAAAACCUGGAAAAUCAGUAGCAAGUGGACCAAAUACUGUAGGUUCAGAAACAAGUGCACCAUUAUCUAGAGCAACAGGAACCACUGAUAAAGGAUCAGGAACGAGUUUACCCUCAUCUGGAGCAUCAGUGACACCUGGGUCAUCACCUGGAGGAUCAGCAGCAACUGGACCACCUGGUAUUGGUUCAGAGACAACUCCACCAUUAUCUGGAGCAACAGGAACUGCAGCUAUAGCAUCAGGAACAAGUUUACCAUCGGUUGAGGAAUCAGGGACCACUAGAUCAGUACCUGGAAGAUCAGGGACAAGGGGACCAACUGGUCUAAAUUCAGAGAUAUCUGUGCCAUUAUCUGCAACAACAGGGACUAAUGUUAUAGGAUCAGGAACAGGUUUACCCUCAUCCGGAGCAUCAGGGACCCCAGGAUCAUCACCUGCAGGAUCAGCAGCAACUGGGCCAUAUGGUGUUGGUUCAGAGACAAUGGCACCAUUAUCUGGAGCAACAGGGACUGCUGCUAUAAGAUCAGGAACCGGUUUAACAUCGGUUUUAAAAUCAGGGACCACUAGAUCAAUACCAGGAAAAUCAGGGACAACUGGACCACCUGCUGUAAGUUCAGAGACAACUGCACCAGUAUCUGGAACAAGAGGAACUGCAACUAUAGGAUCAGGUACAAGUUUACCAUCGGUUGAGGGAUCAGGGAGCACUAGAUCACUACCUGGAGGAUCAGGGACAAGUGGACCACCUAGUGUAAGUUCAGAUAUAAUUGCGCCAUUAUCUGGAGCAACAGGGACUAGUGUUACAGGAUCAGGAACCAGUUUACCAAUAUCUAGAGCAUCAGGGACUCUUCGAUCAUCAACUGGAGGAUCAGCAGCAACUUCAUCACCUGGUGUUGGUUUGGAGACAACAGCAACACUAUCUGGAGCAACAGGGACUGCUGCUAUGGGGGCAGGAAUCAGUUUACUCUCAGCUGAAGAAACAGGGACGACUAGAUCAAUUUCUCAAGAAUCAGGGACAACUGCACUACCUGGUGUAGGUUCACAGACAACUGCAGCAUUAUCUGGAGCAACAAUAACUGCAGCUAUAGGAUCAGCAACCAGUUUACCGUCAGUUGAGGGAUCAAGGACCACUAGAUCACUACCUGGAAGAUCAGGGACAACUGAACCACCUGGUGUAAGUUCAGAGAUAACUGCACAGUUAUCUGGAGCAACAGUGACUAAUGUUAUAGGAUCAGGAACCAGUUUACCCUUGUCCGGAUCAUCAGGAACCCCUGGAUCAUCAACUGGAGUAUCAGCAGCACGUGCACCACCUAGUGUUGGUUUGCAGACAACUGCACCAUUAUCUGGAGCAACAAGGACCAGUGCUUUAGGAUCAGGAACCAGUUUACCAUCAGUUGAAGGACCAGGGACCACUAGAUUAAUACCUGGAAGAUCAGGGACAACUGGACCACCUGCUGUAGGUACAGAGAAAACUGCACCAUUACCUGGAGCAAGAGGAACUGCAGGUUUAGGAUCAGGAACAAGUUUACCAUUGAUUGAGGGAUCAAGGACCACUAGAUCACCACCUGGAGGAUUAAGGACAAGUGGACGACCUGGUGUAAGUUCAGAUAUAACUGCGCCAUUAUCUGGAGCAAGAAGAACUGCUGCUAUAAGUCCAGGAGCACGUUUACCCUCAUCUGGAGCAUCAGGAACCCCUGGAUCAUCCCCUGGAGGAUCAGCAGCAACUGGACUACCUGGUAUUGGUUCAGAGACAACUGCAGCAUUAUCUGUAGCAACAGGAACUGCAGCUAUAGGAUCAGGUACCAGUUUACCAUCAGUGAAGGGAUCAGGGACCACCAGAUCACUAUCUGGAGGAUCAGGGACAAGUGGACAACCUGGUGUAAGUUCAGGUAUAACUGUGCCAUUAUCUGGAGAAUCAGGGAGUAAUAUUAUAGGAUCAGGAACAAGUUUACCCUCAUCUGGAGCAUCAGGAAACCCUGGAUCAUCACCUGGAGGAUCGGCAGCAACUGGAACACCUAGUGUUGUUUCAGAGACAAUGGCACCAUUAUCUGGAGCAACAGGGACUGCUGCUAUAGAAUCAGCAAACGGUUUACCAUCAGUUGAAAGAUUAGGGACCACUAGAUCAAUACCCGGAGGAUCAGGGACAACUUUAUCAGGUGCUGUAAAUUCAGAGACAACUGCAUCUUUAUUUGGAGCAACAGGGACUCAUGUUAUAGGAUCAGGAACAAUAGGGACCCCUGGGUCAUCACCUGGAGGAUCAGCAGCAACUGGACCACCUGGUAUUGUUUCAGAGAUAACUCCACCGUUAUCUGUAGCAACAGGAACUGCAGCUAUAGGAUCCGGAACUAGUUUACCAUCAGUUGAGGGAUCAGGGACCACUAGAUCACUACCUGGAGGAUCAGAGACAAGUGGACGACCUGGGGUAAGUUCAGAUAUAACUGCGCCAUUAUCUGGAGCAACAGGGACUAAUGUUAUAGGAUCAGGAAACAGUUUACCAUCAUUUGGGGCAUCAGGAACCCCUGGAUUAUCACCUGGAGGAUCAGCAGCAAGUGCACCACCUGGUGUUGUUUUGCAAACAGCUGCACCAUUAUCUGCAGCAACAGGGUCUGCUGCUAUAGGACCAAGAAGCAGUUUACCUUCAUUUGGGGCAUCAGGAACCCCUGGAUUAUCGCCUGGAGGAUCAGCAGCAAGUGCGCCACCUGGUGUUGUUUUGCAAACAACUGCACCAUUAUCUGCUGCAACAGGGUCUGCUGCUAUAGGAUCAGGAAUCGGUUUACCGUUAGUUGAAGAAUCUGGGACCACUAGAUCAAUAACUGGUGGAUCAGACACAACUGUACCAGCUGCUGUACGUUCAGAGCCAACUGCACCAUUAUCUGGAAAAACAGGGACUAAUUUUAUACGAUUGGGAACAAGUUUACCCACAUCAGGAGCCUCAGGAAACCCUGGAUCAUCACCUGGAGGAUCGGCAGCAACUGGAACACAUGGUGUUGGUUCAGAGACAAGUGCACAAUUAGCUGGAGCAAUAGAGACCGCUGCUCUAGGAUCAGCAAACAGUUUACCAACAGUUGAAAGAUUAAGGACCACUAGAUCAAUACCUGGAGGAUCAGGGACAACUGGACCACUUGCUGUAAGUUCAGAGACAACUGCAUCUUUAUUUGGAACAACAGGGCCUCAUGUUAUAAGAUCAGGAGCAGUAAGGACCCCUGCAUCAUCACCUGGAGGAUCAGCAGCAACUGGACCACCUGGUAUUGUUUCAGACACAACUGCCCUAUUAUCUGGAGAAACAGGGACCAUUGCUAUCGGAUCAGGAACCGGUUUACCCUCAUCUGGAGCAUCAGGGACCCCUGGAUUGUCACCUGGAGGAUCAUCAGCAAGUGGAUCACCUGUUAUUGUUUCAGAGACAACUGCACCAUUAUCUGGAGCAACAGGAAUUGCCACUAUAAGACCAGGAACCGGUUUACACUCAUCUGGAACAUCAGGGACCCCUUUAUCAUCUCCUGGAGGAUCAGCAACAAGUGGACCACUUGGUAUUGGUUCAGAGACAACUGCACCAUUAUCUGGAGCAACAGGAGCUGCAACUAUAGGAUCAGGAACCAGUUUACCAUCAGUUGAGGGAUCAGGGACCACUAGAUCACUACUUGGACAAGUAGUGACAAGUGGACAACCUGGUGUAAGUUCAGACAUAACUGCGUCAUUGUCUGGAACAACAGGGUCUAAUGUUAUAGGAUCAGGAAGCACUUUACCCUCAUCUGGAGCAUCAGUGAACCCUGGAUCAUCACCCGGAGGAUCAGCAGCAACUGGACCACCUGGUGUUGUUUCAGAGACAAUGGCACCAUUUUCUGGAGCAUCAGAGACUGCUGCUUUAGGAUCAGGAACCAGUUUACUCUCAUCUGGAGCAUCAGGGAACCCUGGAUCAUCACCCAGAGGAUCAGCAGCAACUGGACCACGUGGUGUUGUUUCAGACACAACUGCCCUAUUAUUUGGAGCAAAAGGGACCGCUGCCUUAGUAUCAGGAACAAGUUUACUCUCAUCUGGAGCGUCGGGGACUGCUGGACCAUCACCUGGAGGAUCAGCAGCAACUGGAUCACCUGUUAUUGUUUUGGAGACAAAUGCGGUAUUAUCUGGAGCAACAGGAACUGCAGUUAUAGGUUCAGGAACAAGUUUACCAUCAGUUGAGGGAUCAGGGGCCACUAGAUCACUACCUGGAGGAUUAGAGACAAGUGGACCAACUGGUUUAAGUUCAGAGAUAACUGAGCAAUUAUCUGGAACAACAGGGACUAAUGUUAUAAGAUCAGGAACUAGUUUACCCUCAUCUGGAGCAUCAGGAAACCCUGCAAUAUCACCUGGAAGGUCAGCAGCGACUGGACCACCUGUUGUAGGUUCAGAGACAUUUAGACCAGUAUCUGGAGCAAUAGGCACCACUCUUACAGGAUCUGGAGACAGUUUAACAUCAUUUGAAAGAACAGCCUCUACUAGAUCAAUUCCUGGAGGAUCAAGGAGAACUGGACUAUCAGUUGUAGGUUCAGAGACAACUGUGUCUCUAUUUGGAGCAACAGGGACCACUGUUAUUGCAUCAAGAACCAGCUUGCCAUCAGCUGAAAGAUCUGCCACCAGUAGUUCAAUGCAUGUAGGGUCAGGGACAAGCGGACCAUAUGUUGUAGGUUCAGAUACAAGUGCACCAUUAUCUAGAGCGACAAGGACCACUGUUAUAGGAUCAGGAACAGGUUUACCAUCAAUUGAAGGAUCAGGGACCACUAGAUCGGUACCUGGAGGAUCAAGGACAACUGGACCACCUGGUGUAAGCUCAAAGACAAUUUCAUCUUUAUCUGGAGCAACAGGUACUAAUGUUAUAGAAUCAGGAACCAGUUUACCCUCGUCUGGAGCAUCAGGGACCCCUGGAUCAUUGCCUGGAGAAUCAGCAGCACCUGCACCACCUGAUGUAGGUUCAGAGACAACUGCACCAUUAUCUGUAGGAACAAGGACUACUAUUUAUGGAUUAGGAACCAGUUUACCAUCAUCGGUAACAUCGGCAAACCCUGGAUCAUUACCUGGUGGAUCACCGACCCCUGGAUCACCUGGUUCAAGUUCAGAGACAACUGCACCAUCAUCUGGAGCAACGGCAACCACUGUUAUAGGAUUAGUAACCAGUUUACCAUUAGUUGAAGGAUCAGCGACCACUAGAUCAAUACUUGGAGGAUCAGAGACAAGUGGACCAUCUGUUGUAGGUUCAGAGACAACUGCACCAUUAUCUGGAGCUACAGGGACCACUGCUAUUGUGACAAGAACCAGUUUGUCAUCAGUUGAAGCAUCAGCCACCACUAGUUCAACAUCUGGGGGGUCAGGGACAAGUCGACCAUAUGUUGUAGGUUCAGAGACAAGUACACCAUUAUCUGCAACAACAGUUACCACAGUUAUAGGAUCAGGAAACAUUAUACCCUCAUCUGGAGCAUCAGGGACUCCUGGAUCAUUGCCUGUAGGAUCAGCACCAACUGAACCACCUGGUGUAAGUUCAGAGACAACUGCACCAUUAUCUGGAGCAACAAGGACCACAGUUAUAGGAAGAGGAACUAGUUUACCAUCAGUUGAAGGAUCAGUCACCACUAGAUCAAUACCUGGAGGAUCAGGAACAGCUGGAUCAUCUUUUGUAGGUUCAGAGACAACUACACCAUUAUCUGGAGAAAUAGGGACGACUGUUAUGGGAUCAGGGACAAGUUUACAAUCAGUUGUAGGAUCAGGGAUAACUGGAUCCACAGUUGUACUGCUAGGAACAACUAGAAUCUCUAUUGUAAGUUCAGGGACAACUGGAUCAUUAUCUGGACCAUCAGAGACAACUGGAACAUCAAUUGAAAGAUUAGGAACAACUCGUUCAUUAUCUGGAGUGACAGGAACCAAUAGAAUCUCUGUUGUAAAUUCAGGUAUAACUACACUAUCAUCUAGAGCAACACUGACCCCUGAAUCAUCACCUGAUGGAUCUGUAUCAACUGAAUCACCUGAUGUAGGUUUAGGGACAACUGGAUCAUUAGCUGAAGCAUCUUGGACAACGGAAACAUCAGCUGAAGAAUCAGGCAAAACUGGAACUUUUGUUUCAGGUACCAGGACAACUGGAUUAUCAGCUGGAAGUUCAGGGACAACUCGAUCAUCUAUUAUAGGAUCAGGAACAACAGGACCAGCAGUUGAAGUAUCAGGGACAGCUGGACCAUCAUCUGGAGGAUCAAGGACAACUAGAACAUCAAUUAAAGGAUUUGGAACAACUGGUUCAUUAGCUGGAGUUACAGGAACAACUAUAAUCUAUGCUGAAAUUUCAGGGACAGCUGCACCAUUAUCUGGGGUGACUAGGACUCCUGUAUUAUCACCAGGAGGAUCAGCAUCAACUGGAACAAGUGUUGUAGGGUCAAGGACAAUGGGAUCAUCAGGUGGAGAUUUAUGGAGAACUGGACCAUCAACUGGGGAAACAGGAACCACUGGAUCAUCACCUGGAGAAACAGUGUCAGGUGGUACUUCUGCUGUAGGUUCAGGGACAACUGUACCAUCUCUUGGAGUCACAAGGACAGCAGGAGUUUCAGAGACCAUUCAAUCAUCUGUUAUAGGAUCUGAGACAACCACACCUGCAGUUGAAGGAUCAGGGACAACUGGAUCAACAGCUGGACUGACUAUAACCACUAGGACAUCUGUUGUAGGUUCAGGGACAACUGGACCAUCAUCUGAAGUGACAAGAACAACAAUAACAUCUGGUGUAGUUUCAGGGACAAUGGGACCACCAUCUGGAGAAAGAAGGAUCACUGUUAUAGGAUCAGGGUCAAGUGGAUCAUCAGCUGAAGGAUCAGAGACAACUGGAUCAACUGCUGGACUGACUAUAACCACUAGGACAUCUGUUGUAGGUUCACGGACAACUGGACCAUCAUCUGGAGUGACAGGGACAAAAAUAACAUCUGUUGUAGGUUCAGGGACAACUGGACCACCAUCUGGAGAAAGAAGGACCACUGUUAUUGAAUCAGGAGCAAGUGGAUCAUCAGCUGAAGCAUCACGGACAACUGGAUCAGCAGGUGGACUAACAAUAACCACUAGAACAUCUGGUAGGGGUUCAGGGGCAAGUGCACUAUCAUCUGGAAUGACAAGGACAACAAUAACAUCCGGUGUAGGUUUAGGGACAACUGGAUCAUCAUCUGGAGAAACAGGGACCACUGUUGUUGAAUCAGGAACAAGUGGACCCUUAGGUGAAGGAUCAAGGACAACUGCAUCACCAGAUGGAUUGACAAGAACCACUAAAAUUUCUGUUGUAAGUUUAGGGACUACUGGACCAUCAUCUGGAGUGAUGUGGACAACACGAACAUCUAUGGUAGGUUCAGGGACAACUGGAUCAUCAACUGGAGUAUUAGAGACACUUGAUACAUCAGCUGAAGGAUCGAAGACAACUAGACCAUCAAUUGGAAGAUCAUGGACAACUGGGACAUCAGUUGAAGGAUCUGGAACAACUGGAUCAUCAACUUUUACAACCACAGGGGCCAGGAGGACAACUUGGGGGCCAGGAAGUGAGGUUACCACAUAUGAAGGUACUUCAGGAGAAUUCUCUAAGACAGCCAUAUCUGGAAGUUCCCACACAGAGACCACAAGAUUAAUAGGAGGCAGCGACACACCUGGAACUGGACUCAGACCUGUAGAUAGCACUGCAGUACCAGGAGGUCAAGUAACUGGGAGUGUGACAGGCACCACUGGGGUAAUUCCUGGCACAACUGUUGCCCUUGGCAGUUCCAACACAAAGGCCACAACUUCUGUAGAAGAAAGUGGAACAGCAAGAGUUGGAAUAAUCAUGGGAGCCACCACUGGCACAUCUGAGAGGCCAAGCCCUGGAAGUGAAACAGGUACCACUAGUGUAGUCUCUGGCACAACAGUUGCAUCUGGAAACUCUAACACAGGGGCCACAACUUCUUUGGGAAGUGGUGAAACCACCCAGGGUAGAAUUAAAAUAGUUACCACGAGGGUGACUAUUGGCACAACUAUCACACCUGGGAAUAUACGGGAGGAAGGAAGAGUCACUAGCAUAAUUUCAGGGAGCCAAUCUACUAGAAGUAAAACGGGUACCACUGGGAAAGGCUCUGGGACAUCCUCACCUGGAGGUUUCAAAACACGCAAUAACCCGGAAUCAGUAGGAGUCACCAGUAGCCAAGAAGGCACUGCUGUGAUAUCAAGCAAAAUUACUGGUGUCUCAGAAAGUUCCAGCCAAGGUACCUCCAAGGAAGCAUCUGAAACAACCACUGCUCCUGUAAUUUCUACCACAGUCACUGCUUCCACAGGAGUCAAGGAAACCUCUGGAACUGGAAUGCAAACAGGCUCCACCUCAGUGUCAAAUGGAAUCACAACAAGCCCCAAAGUGUCCUACCCAGAAACCACUGUAGUAGCAACAGGAGAUCAAGAAAAUGAAAAUAAAACAGGAUGUCCAGUAUCACUUCCACCGCCUCCAGUUUGUCAUGGUCCACUGGGAGAAAAGAAGUCUCCUGGAGACAUAUGGACUGCCAAUUGCCACAGAUGCACCUGUACCAAUGCAAAGACCGUAGACUGUAAACCCAAGGAGUGUCCUUCUCCACCCACAUGCAAAACUGAAGAGAGGCUUGUAAAGUUCAAAGCUAAUGAUACCUGCUGUGAAAUCGGGUACUGUGAACCAAGAACAUGUUUAUUUAACAAUACCGACUAUGAGGUUGGUGCUUCAUUUGGUGACCCCAGCAACCCAUGUGUCUCCUACUUCUGCCACAGCACAGGUUUCGUUGCGGUGGUACAAGACUGCCCAAAGCAGACUUGGUGUGCAGAAGUAAGCAGAGUCUAUGAUUCAAAUAACUGUUGCUAUACAUGUAAAACUAAUUGCAGAUCUUCACCCGUGAAUGUGACUGUUAACUACAAUGGUUGCAAGAAAAAAUUUGAGAUGGCAAGAUGCAUAGGGGAAUGCAAAAAGACUCUCAGGUAUGAUUAUGAUAACUUUCAGUUGAAAAAUUUAUGCCUUUGCUGCCAAGAAGAAAACUAUGAGUUCAGAAAAAUUUUUCUUGACUGUCCUGAUGGCGGUACAAUACCUUACAGAUACAGGCACAUCACGACGUGUUCCUGCUUAGACAUGUGCCAACAAUCUACGACCUCAACAGUCAGUUAA